AAAUAUGAGUGAGGGAUCGGGCUAGUUCGAGGUAGCACAACCACUGAAGUGAUUAUUAAGCGACGUUGGUCCCCUUAGCGACAGUCCACCAAAUUGAUAACUGACCAGACAUCAGUACCCACGGGGAAGAAGAGCCACUUACUGCAGGAUCUUCUUGUUGUCACCAUGCUGCUUCCCCAGAUAGACAUCGGGGUGCGCAACACCACUUCACUGAGCGACCUGAAGAGGCUGCGUUCCUUUAUGAACGACUAUAUAGUUAAAGAACGCAGACGGAAGCAAAAACUAAGUAAAAGCGAUGAACACCUUCCAAUAUUAAGUUUUGAUUCCACGUCCUCAGUGCGAGGGGAUGGCAUGGCAGUGAAUCUGCAAGGAGAAGCAACAAAAUCUGUUUACCGAUCCGAAUUGAAGUUUGAGCCUAUACUUACAUCUGCUGGGCGUAAAGCAAAGUUCGGACCCGCACCGGGCAGACCAAACAACAAAAAACACGGCGAGUCCGUGUCAAACGUUAAUGCAGAUACCAAAGGAAAGAUGGCACCAAAAGACGAAAACUCCGCAAAAUUAAAUCAAAACAUCACAGAUAAAGACAAACCAAAGCCACCAAAAAAGAAAAAAGAGAAAGAACAGAAUCUUCAUAGUGAACAAGAAGGAAAAGAAAAACUUACACUAGGUAAAAGUGAACUCAUUCCAGAGAAGAAGCUGUUAGAGAGGCGGUCUUCCUUCAUUGAACUAUUUAAACAAAAGCCAAAAAACCAACACCAAACCGCUAAACCUCCGGCGGACUAUGAGCCCCCACAAGUUCAUUCCAGUCUUGAUUUCCCAAGUCCUUACGUGUCACAACUGGGACACCCGAUGCACAGACACUUACGAUCACAAACUCAAAUUGCUGUGCGACCCUCACCCGAGGAAGAGGAAAGGAUGAUCGAUAUCCAACGCCGAAAAAUCGUCCGUUCUCGCUCUGUUCAAGCAAAAAGAUCUGCAGCAAGCGCCUUGCUUGCUCGUGACAAAAAGACUUUGCAAUUUAAGCGAGCCAAGGCCGUUUACAAAGUGAAUGUCGAAGAGGAGCGUGCUUUGAGGCAAAAGACGUUUUAUGAUUCAUUGGAAAAACUUCAGCUUCAACAUGUAAUGGAUCAUAAUAAACGCAUCAAAGACGAAAGCCGAAAAAGAGAUGAGGCAUUAAACAAAAGACACCGAGAACUUACAGAACUUCACGACAGAUUUGAAAGAGAACGCACUCAACGGUGGAACUCUCAGUACGUUUCUUCAAAGAGGUUUAACACUGAUAUCAAAAUUGUUGCAAAGAAAGAGAAAAGCGACCAUGCAAAACCAAGAAAACAAAAGAAAAAUUCAUACUUGCACUUUAGCAAGUCUAAAGUCCAUGCUCAGAACGUUGAGAGGUAUUCAUCCCUUUUCAGCAGUGGUACAUCCGGGCACCCCCGAUGGGGUCCCGUGGCGUCACCUGCUCUACAAGUUGCCCUGAUGGGAAUGACGUAAUCUGGGACAAUCCAAUCUUCGGAUGUGACAUUUUUUAUUUAUUUAUUUAUUUAUUUUUGCGUUUUAUGAAAAAAAAGCAACAAACAACAACUUGGCACUUCGCGGCCACCAUAAUCACACCUGCCACAUAUGUUGAACCCUUCACUGUAUUACAAGUAGUUAGGUUACCAAGCUGCACUAGGACCCAUAUAUAGGGCCUACAUUGAUGAUGGGUGUUGGAUACCCUCUACC